GGUAUGUAGAUAAAGAAGUCGCCUCACAAGGGGGAAAAUCUUUUCAAUUUCCCUUUAGCAGGUGCAGGUCAAGGAGGAACUCAUGAGCAUUCUGUCUGAUCCACGAACUGAUUAGGGGAGGGGAAACGAUCCCUCUCCUCUUACUCUUCCUUUCCCAGUUUUGAAAUCAUUCCUUCGCCACCACUGCCGCCCUCCCACCCAUCCCCUCCCCUUCCCCUGCACUGAAUGAAUGGAAGAGUCUCUAGGGCUUUCUUCUGCUUCUCGCCCUGGACUGAAGAAGUGAGGGGGCAUCUAUCUAUCCUCAUCCAUCCCUUUCUCGCUUCAUCCAUUCCCGAGGGGAUUUCAGACCGUGCAAUGUGUUUCCAGCCUCUUGCCACUGCUACCACUUGAUACUAUGCGACGCGCAGGGAGAGGGUUUUGCAAAAAUGGAUUUAUUCUAUUUUAAAGGAUUUCUUCUCUAAUAAGGAUCUAAUUGCACACAAAUAUGACUAAAUCCCCUAUUUGGUAAAUCUUUCUCUACCCCACCCCUCCUCUUUGGGUUCCCUCCCGCCCGCGCCCCCACCCCUUCAGAGGAGCAAGCACAGGGAGCUGAUGACGGACCCAUUAAUCCCUUCUUCAAUGCAUCAAAAGAAGCCGAAGGGCUGGAAGUCGCUGGGCUCGGAGUCCUGCAGGAAAUGCUUCGAUCUGCUUUUGGUUCUGUAUGAAACUGGUGACUAGGGGCUCGGCUCGCUCCGCCGCCGCCGCCCGCCGGCACCUGGAUGCGCGGGCCGCCGCCGCCGCCGCCGCCGCCUUGCCCGCCGCCGCGAUGCAACGCUCCUGGCGGUGCUGGUGAUCGCUCGGGUGUGAUGGGAUUGAGCCGGCGGUGAUCAUUUGAAGACGGUGAGGGAGAGCGAGGGAGAGGAAGGGCUGCUCCGCUGUGCUGUGCGUGUGGGGGCUUCGGGAUUUUUCUUUUUCUUCUUCUUUUCCUACUUCCAUCCUCUCCCCGCCACUGGAAGUCCUCCCGUAUCUAAAUGGAAUUAGUGGAGACCGAAGCCCCUUGUGUAAGGAACAGACAUGACCCAUGGGCGCAGCUUCCUUCACAUUGUAGCAAGUCUAAUCAUCCUACAUUUGUCUGGGGCAACGAAAAAAGGAACAGAAAAGCAAACUACUUCCGAAGGACAGAAACCAGUGCAGUGUGGAACUUGGACCAAAUAUGCAGAAGGAGGCAUCUUCACUUCUCCAAAUUACCCCAACAAGUAUCCUCCGGACAGAGAGUGUGUCUACAUUAUAGAAGCUGCUCCUAGACAAUGCAUUGAACUACACUUUGAUGAAAAAUAUUCCAUAGAGCCUUCUUGGGAGUGUAAAUUUGACCAUAUUGAAGUACGAGAUGGACCUUUUGGCUUUUCCCCAAUCAUUGGACGUUUCUGUGGACAGCAAAAUCCACCUAUGAUAAAAUCCAGUGGCAGAUUCCUGUGGAUUAAAUUUUUUGCUGAUGCUGAACUAGAAUCUAUUGGGUUUUCUGCUCGGUAUAACUUUACACCUGAUCCAGAUUUUAAGGACCUUGGUGUUUUGAAGCCAUUGCCAGUUUGUGAGUUUGAGAUGGGAGGACCUGAAGGAAUUGUGGAAUCUGUACAAAUUGUCAAAGAAGGAAAAGCUUCUGAAACUGAAGCAGUAGACUGUAAAUGGUACAUCCGAGCGCCACCCCGAUCCAAGAUCUAUUUGCGAUUCUUGGACUACGAGAUGCAGAAUUCCAAUGAAUGCAAAAGAAAUUUUGUAGCUGUCUAUGACGGAAGCAGCUCCGUGGAGGAUUUGAAAGCAAAGUUUUGCAGCACUGUUGCUAAUGAUGUAAUGCUGCGGACAGGUCUUGGUGUGAUCCGUAUGUGGGCAGAUGAAGGCAGUCGAAACAGCCGAUUCCAGAUGCUCUUCACAUCUUUCCAAGAACCCCCUUGUGAAGCCAACGCAUUCUUUUGCCAUAGUAAUAUGUGUAUAAAUAAUACACUGGUCUGCAAUGGACUCCAGAACUGUGUAUAUCCCUGGGAUGAAAACCACUGCAAAGAAAAAAGAAAAGCUAACCUAUUGGACCAACUUACCAAUACCAGUGGGACUAUAAUUGGGGUGACUUCUUGCAUUGUGAUCAUCCUCAUUGUUUUAUCUGUUAUAGUACAGAUCAAGCAGCCUCGUAAAAAAUUUGUCCAAAGGAAAACAGACUUUGAUCAAAAUGUGUUCCAGGAGGUGUUUGAGCCUCCUCAUUACGAAUUAUGCACCCUCAGAGGGACAGGGACUACAGCUGACCUUGCUGAUGUUGCAGAUGACUUUGAAAAUUAUCAUAAACUGCGGAGAUCCUCUUCAAAAUGCAUUCAUGACCAUCACUGUGGAUCACAAGUGUCUAGCAUUAAGGGCAGCCGUAGUAACCUCAGCACAAGAGAUGCUUCUGUCUUGACAGAAAUACAACCCCAGCCUGUAAAACCACUUGUUCAACCCAUGAACAGGAGAAAUAUCCUUGUCAUGAAGCAUAGCUACUCACAAGAUGCUGCAGAUGCGUGUGAGAUAGAUGAAAUUGAAGAGGUACCAACCACAAGUCACAGGCUGUCCAGACAUGAUAAAUCUGUUCAGCGGUUCUGCCUCAUUGGGUCUCUAAGCAAACAUGAGUCUGAGUACAACACCACUAGGGUCUAAGAGACAAACCUGAGACUGCUUGAGAAUAGUGCGCUCCUGGGUGAUUUUGAACAUGCUACAAUGAAAGGUGAAACUAUCGUCCUUGGAAACACCAGCUAGAGGUUUUAUGGACACUCUGUCUGACCAGCUAUUCUCAUGUCAUGACAAAAUUCAGCAAUCAGUGUUGAGUAAAAUUACUAGAAGGCAAUAAGACUUUGGUUAUUAUGGUUAUCAGUCAUUUUUUCUUUUUCUCUCUUUUUUUUUGUUACAAUUUAAAUUCCCAAUUUCAGGAACAAUUUAUUAAAAUCAGGUAUUUAGCCAUUCAUAAUCAUUUCAAUAGAAGCGUUUGUUGGAUAAGCAUCUAGCAAUAUGACUGAAUUUGACAUUGAGAAAUUAAUCUGCAUGUUUGUUACUGAAUAUUUGAGUUGGCAAAAAUCCCUUUAUUAGAUACAUUGUAAAAAGCAUGCAUUCACAAUUAUUGCUGUUACUGUUCCAUUUCUGUGUCAUAUGCUUGCUACUUGUAAUUUUUUAUAUAAAAAUACAUAAAAAAAUGUAUAAUAAUUUCGUACCUUGAGUUUAAUGGCAAUGUUUUCUUUUACCUAAUUUAUCAGUACUGUGUAAUUUGUGAGACUGAGCUCAAAAAGUAUCUUCUAGGAACUUGAAACCCAGAUACAGUAGGAAAUCAUCUGUCUCCCAUCCCUCACUUACCGAAAAGCAAAAUACAUUUUUUUUUUGAUAUUUUAAUGGAUUCAUAAUACAUAAAGCUAAUCAAUUUCAGUUCAAAGGUUUGUGAUAAACAGUGUGUUCAGUUCUGUACUCUUAAUUAAUUUAUUUCCAUGGUAAUUAUUAAGAAUUUUGUUUCAGUGUGGUAGAGUGGCAGAUAUUUAUCAGUUGCACAAAUGCUGUGGCUAGGUUCCAAUUUUAGAAAUACAGAUAUAAACCACUUCCUUAUGCAAGAUAAAUUAUAUUCGUAUUUCAAGCUACAUACAUUAGCAACUGACACCAAAAUUACAACUAAGUUAUGUUAUUAUAGGUUGAAAAGCCA